AAUCGUGCUGAUUGUGGUGUCGGUAAAUUUGAUCGCAAUUUCCAGUUUGAUAUUUGUAUUUGUAAUAAUAUUAGCUUAUUUUUAAAUAAAGAGAUAUUUCUUCGUCAUAUAAUGACCUCAAUAAAACUAGGCACACACAAUGGUUCAUUUCACUGUGAUGAGAUUUUGGCUCUUGCUAUGCUUCGUAAGUUGCCGGAGUACCAAAAUGCUGAAUUGAUAAGAUCUAGAGAUCCAAAUCUCCUUGCCUCUUGUGAUGUUGUUUUUGAUGUCGGUGGGGAGUUUGAUUCUUCGAGACACCGCUACGACCAUCAUCAACCUUCAUUCAAUAUGACCAUUCAAGAUUUCCACCCUUCGUUAAAGCCAGCUGUAAAGCUAAGCAGUGCCGGUUUGAUUUAUGCUCACUUUGGAAAGCGAGUAAUUGCCUCGAUCAUCAACGAACAUUCAAUUGAAUCGGACAUUGUCAAUACACUAUUCACACAAGUUUACAAGAGUUUUGUAGCUGAAGUUGAUGCUAUAGAUAAUGGUAUUGCUAUAUCUUCUGUUCCUCCAAAUUAUACAAUUGACACUGAUCUAUCAUCUCGAGUUGGACGACACAAUCCUACAUGGAAUAUGCCUGAUGAGGAUGAGAAUGAAUGUUUCAUGCGUGCCUUUGAAAUGGUUGACGGGGAGUUUGUAGAGUACGUCAAGUCGAUGGCAAUGUCUUGGUAUCCAGCUCGCGAUAUCGUCAAACAGGCAAUUACUGCUAGAUUUAGCGUACAUCCAAGUGGUUACAUUAUGCGCAUCACUGGUCCGAGUUGUCCUUGGAAGGCCCAUUUCUUUGACUUAGAAAAAACGUUGGUUCCUGGAUUUGCUGACACCUCGAGACAAGAAGUAGGUAGGAGUGAUUUCCGCAAUCGCCCUGUCUUUAUGAUCACAGAGCGAAAAACUCCAAAUGGAACUGAAUAUAAUGUUCUAACAAUUUCUUGUGGGCAGGAUCAGCCAUUCACCCGGAGAGUCUCUCUAUCGGCUGCCUUUGCAGGUAAACGAGGUGAGGAAUUGUCUAAACUCGUUGGUAUCGAUGGUGCCGUAUUUGUGCAUGUGAAUCUUUUCAUUGGAAUCCACAAAACUUUUGAAGGCGCUCUGCAAAUGGCUGUCAAAUCACUUGAAGAGGCGAAGUACCUCUAA